GUUUUCUUUUAUUCGAUCUUCGUUUAUAUAUAUAGCCACUCUACACCUGAAUUUUUAAUUUUCACCUGCACCUUGAGAGAGCAAUCAAAAUCAUCAACAUUAUGGCAAUGACAAAUGCUAGUUCUGCAACUAUGAUUGUUGUCCGUCAACUUCUAAAAAGGGGCAAUUAUAAGAGUUGGAGCAUUUUCAUGGAAGAUUAUUUGAUUUCUCAAGAGCUUUGGGAUGGCAUUAUUGUUCCAUCCAGCGCCAAUCAACCGCUGCCCGGCGAAUCUGAGCGGAGAAAAAGGAAUGCUGCCGCUUUGAAUGCCAUUAAGAUUUCAUGCGGACCAGAAAGCUUUAUUCGUAUAAAGUAUACCCGUUCAGCAAAAGAUGCUUUGGAUAUGCUAGCCGAAGUGCAUAAAACAGAACCUGAAACUGAUGAAAGCACUCCAAAGGCAAGCAAUCCUCUGCCUUGGGUGGCAAGUACAAUUGUCCCUGAACUUCUAGAAAGAGGCAACUAUGAGAGGUGGAGUAUCUUCAUGAAAAACUACUUAGUUUCACAAGAUCUCUGGGUGGUUACUCACCACUCAUCAACGCCUCUUGGAGUUUCUAAAAAGGGGUGGAGAAAAAAGAAUGCUGCCGCUCUGCAUGCAAUUCAAAUUUCAUGUGGAGUAGAAAAAUUUAAUCAGAUAAAGAAGAUGCGUUGGGCAAUUGAAGCUUGGUAUGAGUUGAAAACAAUAAAUAAUGAAGAAGAGAAAUCAAAAAUAAAUAAUUCAGAACAUGAGAAAGAAGAAGAAGAAGAAGAAGAAGAAACUCCAAAGAUUAAUUCUGCAAGUAUGAUUGUCCCCGAACUUCUAGCAAGUGACAAUUAUAAGAGAUGGAGCAUCUGUAUGAAAAGCUAUUUAGUUUCUCAAGAUCUUUGGGAUGCUGUUCUACACAGUUGGGCGCCAGUUGGAGUUGAUAAAAAGGAGUGGAGUAAAAAGGAUGCUGCUGCUCUGCAUGCAAUUCAGAUUUCAUGUGGACCAAAAAUAUUUGAUGUAAUUGAGGAGAUCACUUCCGGUAAAAUUGCUUGGGAUACCUUGAAGCAUAAAAGAAAUAGUCCUUCCUCUGAUGAUUUUAUUGAUCUACGGGAAAAGCAAGGUUUGCCACCUCUCAUUCUCUCUCAUCACUGGGUUUUUGCAGUGUGUUUUGGAUUCUACUACAAAGGUUUUCGAACUAUGGAAAGGCCUCGGUCCCUAAUUGUGCAGAAUGCAAUUGACAAGGGGGAUGUUAAUGCUGUAAUGGACUUUUUAAAGAGAAAUCCAGGGGCAGAAGAAUUGGCAUUAUGGACGGGUUAUCCUCCUCUUCAUCACGCAACUAUUGUUGGCAAGUCAAACAUCGUCAAGCCAUUGCUUGAGAAUAUGCCUGCAGUGCAAAAGGAUCGUUGGGAUAAUACAGCUCUAGCAUGUGCUGCUCAGUUUGGAAACACCGAGAGUGCAAAAUAUUUAGUUAGUAAGGAUUCUUCUUUGCUUUCUAUGGUAAAUGAAGAUGAAGAUAUCCCGGUAGUAACGGUAUGUAGACAAGGGCACAAGGAGAUGACAAACUUUCUCUAUUCUGAAACCCCAUUCGAAAUGCUAUUAUGCGAAAACGGAAAACAAGGAUCCAAAUUACUUCGUUGGUGUUUUACUUCCAAAAGAUUUGAUAUCAUGUUCGAUAUUCGCCCAAACACCAACAGCAUUCAGCAGUGGAAGUGGGCUAACAUUUUGGCAACGAUGGAUCUAUGCGUGAAGAAAAAAAAAUUUGAAGAGAUACCAUUGUCAGGUCGACUAUGGAUAUUGGCUUCAUUCCUUCUUCCAUUCUUAGGCAUAAAGCAAAUACACACUUUAAAGUUGAGUCAUUGCUUUGCCCGUGUGAGUCUACAUUUGAUCUGUCAGCACCUGACAAAAUUACCCUUGAGGAAAUUUGAAGACACGAUUGCACUAAGGAAAGCAGUCACCAGUGCCAUUGAGAAUGGCAUUUAUGAUUUUUUAAUUGAAAUCAUCGAAACUAAUGCAGACGUACUUCUUGCACCGGUUCUAGAUUAUGAGACUACGAGUGCCAACUUUCUCAUGGAUGCUAUUGCAUUUCGUCAGGAGAAAAUUGCUCGCUUUCUUAUUGGACUCCCCCUUGGCAAUGUAUUUAUCAAUGCACCGGAUUCAUCAAGGGCGAACAAUAUAUUACAUGUGACAGGUAAAUUGGCUUCUGAUUCUCAACUUUCUCACAUCUCUGGUGCUGCGCUACAGAUGCAAAGAGAGAUACAAUGGUUCAAGGAUGGGGUUAGAUUGGAUAAGAUUAAUGGGAAGGGAAUGGAUUGGAUGGGAAAGGAUUAGACAAAAUAAUAAUCAAAUCAUGCAUUUGGAAUGUUAUAGGAUUGGAUAUAAAUGUGUAGGUAUAUU